UGCACACAACGUAAAAGCUCUGCAGAGUUUCUGGAGUCUUCACUUUCAGAGUAUUACUUAUUUAUUUAUGCAACUUUUGCUUUGAAGAGUAUUUUUUUACUUUUUUUACUUUUUAUUUAAGUGAUUUAAAAGACAGAAAUCUGAGAGUAUGCAGGAUUAUGAUGAAGUCACAGCAUUUCUUGGUCAUUGGGGACAUUUCCAGCAAAGUGUUUUCUUCCUACUUUGUGCCAGCGUGCUGCCAAAUGGAUUUGGUGCUUUUUCCCUCAUCUUCCUUACUGACAUUCCCAGUCACCACUGCCUGGUUCCUGAUAUUAACUUGACAGAAAACUGGCACCAAGCUAUCAUUCCAAUGGAGAUGGUGAAUGGGAAGCUGGAGCUGAGCAGAUGUCGGAGAUACAGGCUGGAUGUGGUCAGAAAUCUUUCAGCUCAGGGAUAUAUUCCAGGCCAGGAUGUUAAUCUCACUAACCUGGAGCAAGAGGGGUGUGUUGAUGGGUGGAGCUACAGCAAAGACAUCUAUAAAUCCACUAUAGUCUCUGAGUUUGACCUGGUAUGCAGCGAAGAGUGGAAGCAGCCGUUUACUUCCACAGUUUACUUCAUGGGAGUUUUAGUUGGAUCCUUUUUUUCAGGACAGUUGUCAGAUAGAUUUGGAAGAAAGCCAGUUCUCUUUCUGACCAUGGCACUUCAGACUCUUUUCACUUUUGUUCAAAUCUUCUCAUCAUCUUGGACAGUGUUCUGCAUCCUCCUGUUCAUCAGCGGUUUGGGACAAAUCUCUAACUAUGUUUCUGCUUUUGUGCUCGGCACUGAAAUCUUCACUGGUAAUGUGCGCGUCCUUUUCUCAUCCAUGGGUGUUUGUCUUGCCUUUGCCUUUGGCUUUAUGAUGCUUCCUCUCUUUGCCUACUUUUUAAGGGACUGGACAUCUCUCCUGUUAGGUAUAUCUCUCCCUGGCCUUCUCUACCUUCCUCUCUGGUGGUUUAUUCCAGAGUCUCCUCGGUGGCUGCUUUCACAGGGAAGAGUGGAGGAGGCAGAGAACAUAGUGAAAUAUGCUGCCAAGAAGAACAAAGUAGAGGCUCCACAGGCCAUCUUUGAUGAUUACGAUUCACCAGCAGAUAAGACUCAGGCUAAUGAACAUCACAGUAUCUUCAGCCUGCUAAGGACUGCAAACAUCAGAAACACAUUGAUCAUUCUUUGCCUUGUGUGGUUCACUCUAAGUACUGGCUACUUUGGCUUAUCUCUAAAUACAUCUCGACUCCAUGCCGAUCCGUUUAUCAGCUGUUUCAUCUCAGCAGCCGUGGAGGUUCCAGCGUACAUUACCAGCUGGCUGGCUUUGCAAUACCUUCCACGACGACUUGCUGUCAUAAGCAUCUUGCUCCUUGGAGGAGUAUCACUGUAUUUCAUUCAACUUGUGCCUCAUGGUCUAUCAUAUCUGUCUAUUACUCUAGAGAUGGUGGGCAAAUUUGGUAUUACCACCGGUACUGCCCUGAUGUUUGUAUAUACAGCAGAGCUGUUCCCAACAGUACUCAGGAAUACUGCAACAGGAAUGUGUACUACUGCAUCCAGAGUGGGAAGCUGUAUUGCACCAUUUUUGUUAAAGCUGAGUCAGUACUUUAAAUAUCUGCCUUAUAUUACACUGGGGAGUCUUGCUGUUGUGUCUGCCUUCGCUACUGUGUUCCUACCAGAGAGUUUCGGACGGCCUUUGCCUCAAACUAUUGAACAGAUUCAUAAAAGAGAAAGAAUGAAAUGUCCCUUCAUUACUAGAAAAGGACAAUCAAAACACGUGAAGAUUUUUGAAAGUCGACUAUGAUUUUUUCCAACACCGAUGAGUCACGAAUAUAUUGUUUUACUUCUUGUGUCUCACUGCUACGUUUUGCUGUUCUUUGCAUUGGAGUCAGUAAUAACAUGGUAAUAAAGGUGAAGUAAUUGAAUUAAUUACAAAAUUUUAAUCCAGAUGAUGUUGUUUUAACAGUGUGUAUGACUGAAGGUAAAUUUAAUGUAACCAAUAUUGUUGGAGCAGCAGCUUGAAUGUCCUUGUUCGUUAGCAGAACAGGCUGCCAGCAAUUUUUCUAUAUAAUUUGGUUAAUCUUGAAGAAUAAAGCAUUAUUUUAUUA